UUAUUUAUUUUCUCUUUUAACUCUCCAAAGUUCAUACUAAUAUUAUUUAGAUUAAUGAAAAGUAGGAACAAACGCUUUUAUUAAAACUGAAUUUGCACCUUUUCGGAUUAUUUACGCUUCACGAGUGACGAGUCUCGGCUCACAAGCUUCGCCUCACGCAAGUAGGCAAGCAGACAACUGUAGCAGCGACGAUCUACGGAGCCGUUGACACCGCUGUACUUCACAUCCCACACCGCACGACACCACAGAUCGCUCCUCACUGGGUUGAAGACAUCAUAUGUUUCCUCGGAUUUCCAACCAGGGGUUGUGAACUGUAGGAUUCAGCCCAGUUGAUUAUGAUUGGGAUAGGUGCACUGCAGACUGAUAUUGUGUUAAACACCUUAACAUAAUGGUGCCCCUCUCAUUCUACCUUGCUGCCGUGCCGUACUGCCACUGAUGUGUGAUUGUGAAGGCAAAAAUGUUGAACGUAGUAUCCCCACGACAACGCAACAUCUAUCGCACACCAUGUUGUGCCUUGAUGAUUAUGCUCUUGUUUCUCUUAUCAAUGUCGCUUCUACACAAUCGUCUGUCAACGUACCGUUCAAGCUUAUCCCAACAAGAUAAUGGUGGCUCUCAUGAUCCUUUAACCAUCAAUACCCUUCAACAUCAAGAAUUUGAGAUCGGUCGUAGAUUUCCAACUCUAUAUGAGGAUAAAUUUAAUGCAUCAUGUAAUCUUGUUGAUAAAGGAGUAUGUAACAAAACUUUGGAGAUCAACUCAGGAGAUAACGAUCUUUCUCUCAGUAAAAAGCACAAAGAUAUGCAAAUAUUUGCAAAUUCAAUAGUGCAUAUCAAGUCCAAUUCUCCAAAAUUUAUGCAUGCUGAUGGUAGAAGAUGGGGAUAUUUUCCUGGACUGCAUCCUUAUUUAUCAUUUUCAAAUUUUAUGGAAUCUUUUUUCAAGAAAUCCAAGUGUUCAAUGAGGGUAUUUAUGGUUUGGAACUCACCCCCUUGGAUGUAUACAGUCAGACACCAAAGAAGCCUUGAAAGCGUGCUAUUUCACCACCCACAUGCUUGUGUUGUUGUAUUUUCAGAGACAGUUGAACUUGAUUUCUUCAAAGAGUUUGUGAAGGAUGGUUUCAAAAUUGCGGUUGCAAUGCCAAACUUAGAAGAACUGCUGAAAGAUACACCUACGAGUAUUUUUGCUUCUAUUUGGCAUGAAUGGAGGACAACAAAAUUUUAUUCUAUUCACUAUAGUGAACUUGUCCGGCUUGCAGCACUCUACAAGUAUGGGGGUGUAUAUCUAGAUUGCGACAUUGUAGUUCUCAAGCCAAUAUCUACAUUUAGAAAUUCAGUUGGAUCGGAGAAGGUGGCUCUUGGGAGUACUUUGAAUGGUGCCGUUAUGGUUUUCAGUAAGCACAGUUUCUUUAUUAUGCAAUGCAUGUUAGAGUUUGUUUCAUCUUAUGAUGACACCUUGCUGAGAUGGAAUGGUGCUGAUCUUCUAACAAGAGUGGCUGGAAAUCUCUCUAGCAAAGCAAAUGAUAUGAAUAAAGAGAAGACUCUGAAAGUGCAACCCACAUUGUUUUUCUUUCCUAUAAGUUCAAAUGAUAUCCAGAGACAUUUCGUCUUGCCAGAGACGGAUGAUGAAAAAUCUCAUCAGCAUGCUCUUCUUCGAAAGAUCCUGAACGAGUCUUACACCUUCCAUUUCUGGAACGGCGCAACUUCUGCUCUAGUUCCAGAACCCAGUAGCAUGGCAGCAAGACUUUUGAACAAAUUUUGUAUUCGCUGCUCCAAUCUUCUGUGAAAUUCAAUCAGAAAAUCACCAUCAUAAUGAUUCUGAAGCUGAGCUUUCAAAUAUGGUUUCAGCCUUGCUGAGCGUCUCAAUGUGGAAUAGUUGUAUAAUCAUUCAUUCUUCUAUAUCCAGUACUUUUACGACCUGUUUUGUUAGUGGUAUUAAAUGGUGGUAAUGAGAAUAAUUUAUAGUGUAAAAUUUUAUGAAAAGUUUCAUAUCAUUCCCAUAAUAAGGAAACUUUGAUCACAAAAAAGUUUUUUUGUUUAUAAAUUUCCAUUACUACCUAAUACCACCUCUCCUAAUGGUAAUGCAUUGGAAUGAAUUUUAUGAAGAAAAUAAGAUGAUUGAAGUUGGACAAGCAUGUCCAUUAAGGUAGACAAAAGAUUUUUCAACCAAAAUUAUAUUAGUUUUUCAUUCCCAUUACCAACGUUUAUUACUACCUUUAAUGUAAGCUUGGCGUGAAUUCAUAGUUGUUAGCCCACAUGACGCCCUUGAAUUUUCGGCCUGUAUGAACUUUCAUGGUCAGGAGUUGCUUUGAAGACUGAAAGAUCAAAAACUUGGAUAGAUCAAUUAGGAUUUAGGUAUUGUUCUGAAAUGCUCCUUUUAUAUUGUAGUAAUUACGAGUAUUUAGCAAUUAUUAAGUGUAAUUAAACUAAUUAACAUUCAUGCACAUAGAGACGCUUAUACAAAAAGUAUAUAUUUAAUGAUCAUGUUGGAAACAUAUUUACAUGAAGCAGGAGCAUAUAUUAACUUUUGAAACUUCAAUGACAGCCAAGAAACUCCUAAAAGUAGAGGAGUGAACGGAGAUGUUAAACUUUUUCUGCAAGACUUUGAAACUGAUGUCAACAUUAAAUGUCAUCUUUGAAAAUGAAAGAUUGAAAAAAAUAAGAUAAAAAAACAAUUUAAUUCCAAAUAUAAGAUUCGGGAAAACUUAUGUCUUAAAAUAAGCUUC